GGACUAUGAAUACCGGCCAUACAAUCGCGAUAUACACAAUAAAAUACACCAAUUUUUAUACGUUUAUUUUGCGAAGCAAAGUUAUCUAUGACCGUUCACAAUUAGCUGUUCACGAUGAUGCGCGAACAUUGGCGCACAAAAUUUUUCUUACUUUAUGUCCGUUUGAUCGAAACGAAAAAAUCGCAUUUAUAGCUUUUUCUUCAUCUUGUAUAUUUUUUCAUUUCAAACGCUAUUAAUAUCUGUAAUUUUUGAAAUUUACCAAAUAUGACAUUGUCAUAUGAUAAUGUAAAUUACAAACUGUCUGCCGUCAAGGACAAGUGGAACAAUCCUGCACUGUUCGUACAGUCCUGUAGUCGCAAUUGUCGCAAGUGACGUGUAAUCGUAUCGUAUCGUUACGUUCGUGUAUCUUGUCCUUUCUUUUGUUCGCGUAUAGAAUGAAUAUCCUUUGCGUUAUAUGUCACGAUGUUUUACUGCCAUCCGAAGAUAUCGUUUUCUCUCGUUGCGGACAUGUAUUUCAUUUUAGCUGUUUGUCACGAUGGCUUGAAAGAUCCAAGACUUGUCCGCAAUGUCGUGAGAAAGUGACGGAAAAUAAAAUCUAUAGAGUUUAUUUUACAUUUCCGAAUAGCGAAACCGCCUCGGAUAAUGCAGACAAUUCGUUGUUACAAGGAAGGAUUGACAGUUUGCAAUUUCAAAUUUUAGUGAAGGAUAAGAAUAUCAAAUAUCAUCUCUCAAAGAUUGCCACUCUGGAAAAACAAAAUGCUGGCCUUAGGCAGGAAGUACGCAAAGUAGAAAGUGAAAUCAAUCAGAAAAAAUCUACUAUUCAUGCCUUAAAUGAGCAAAUAAUAUAUUUUAAGGAAAAGUAUGAGAAAUAUAAAGUUCUAGCACAGGAACUGUCUCAAAAAGAAAAAGAAUUGGAACAAAUCCAUUAUAUGCAAAAUACAUUUUCAAAGGGUUCGUUGGAAGAUAUUAGAAGAGUGAUUGAGAAAACAAAAGAUGCACAUCAAGAUGCUUUAGUUACUUGCAUUUCUGCUAUGAGAAAGGAGUUUGAAGAACGUUUAGAGCUUUGCAAAAGUGAAAAUUUAUCCUUACAACAUCGAGUUAAUAAACUAGAAACCAUCCUUUCAAGACAAAACUACAUUAAAUCUGGCAAUCAAAGAAACUUGGAUAAAAAUUCUCCCAAUAUUAUACAAAAAGAAGACGUUUAUAGCAAGACAAACACAAAACGGAAAACAGAAAAUCAAAAUAUUUCAUCAUCUCCAACGAUAAAAACUGAUGCUAAGAUGAACCAGGAAGGCUUAAGCACUACAUCUAAAUAUUCAACUAUUAAAAAACGAGCGAAACUACGUUCGCGACCAGCACAACUACUUUUGCAACCAGAUAUCUACCUCAAGAAAAAGUAAGAGCUACACGCGGUUUCUUAACAUAGCGUAUAAUUUAAAAUCACUUGCAAUUCUAUCAUCAGAUUUCAAUGUAUCCAUCUUUUCAUUAAUCUAUUUAACUUACUGUGUGCCAAAUAUAGAUAUAAUAAUACGGUAAAAAAAUAAAUAAUAAAAAACAAUAUAAAAUAGAACAGAAACUUAUUAAAUUAACAGAGUAGCUUAUUAAUUAAUUUUCCUAUUGAGGAACUAAGCAACAAUCAUUUUAUUGUGUAUUUGUAUAAAUUUUAUUCAGUAAUCGUAUCAUGUAGGCGCUACAUCGUUUUCGUAUGAAGAGAUAGACAAAGGAAGAAUUCUGAAAUUCAUAUAUGUAUAUAUACACAGGAUAUUUCACGGACAUGUAUGUGUGACUUGCUUAUUUCAAUGUUACAAAACGCAUUGGUUCUUAUUAAAAGCAGUCAUCAGUUUUAACGAUUGGAUUGUUAAUUGGAAUACUCUUUUAUUCCAGAAACUGAAAAAUAAGUACUUUGUAUAUAAGACUAGUUUUGUAGACUUCGUUUCUCUACUCUUUCGUAUUCUGCAAAUGCGGUCAAUUCGUCAAAAUCGUUAUUUAAAGCGUCAUCUAAUGCGUCGAUACUUUUAUACUCGUUUACAUAUAUAUUAUUAGUUUUUUGUUUAGUAGCAUAUUGUAUCUUAAGCGUUAAUACGAAUGUACAAAAACACACUUUGGCUCUUCAACUAAGCUAAACUUGUAAUAUAUUAAAAAAUUGAUUUAAUUGCAAUCAUCUUAUACUAUUACAAUUAACUAGUUCAGGCUUGGUCAAUGGUACGGUAACCUGCAUUUUUUGCGUACGAUCUAUGAUAUAAACAUCUGAGUGAAUAAUAUUGUGAGAUGAUAAAAUUGAUUUUCGAUAUAAUUACCAGAUAUAAUUGUUUUAAAUAUGUACAGACGAGUAUAUGCUCUCUUAAAAUUAAAUUAAAUUAAAUUUUAAGCGUUAAAAUUACAAGAUAGAGAUAAACUAUUGCAUAUUUCAUUUAAUUCUCGUAAUGAUAAUUAUACA